AGGACGGGAUGUCGUUUUGUGUAACUUUGCAUGCUGCAACUGGUGCCUGCACCUGUGUUCCUCGGCGUACUGUGCAUCCACGUUCGCAGAGCCGGCUGUGCAUGUGUGUCGCGCAUGGAUCGUAGGUGUUUGAGUGACCGAAGUGACUUGUUAUUUGACUUAACAUCGACUAGUUUGCCCUGGUCUGGGUAAUGACACGUCGCACUCCCCGGGCCGGAGUGGUGUGGCUAGUAUGGCGAGUUGGCUGCUUGUGUGUGAUGAACAGCAACCGUGCAGUCUUAGCCAAAGUCGCUCUUAUUAAGGAUCCUGAGAAAUGUCUACUUAUCUGCUGUUUGUUGUAUGUCUUACGCAGUUUCAUUAAGUACACAAACAGAAGGAAAGGCUUAUACGAAGGAAAAGAUUAAACACAGGACUAUGAACUGGUGUUUAAGCAUAAUACGUAGCUUACCUCUACUAACGCACUAACUCCAACAAAGUUAGCUAACUGAAUUGUGCGACAUCAAAUUAUGGGAUUUUGCGCGCAUGUGCGACACACGUACGUUACGUUCCCUUCGGUGUGUCUGUUGAAGCUGUUGAAGUGACGCCUCUUUCAGGUUACCUGGACAGGGCGCUCAAAACUCGCUGAGCGUUAAAGAACCGAGAGCUUCCCUCAACUAGAGUCCUCUUCGGCCCGAGAUCACCAUCACCUAUGUAGCUGUGUCGGCCAUCUUCUUUAACAGCGGCCUGUCGUUAAAGACUGAGGAGUUGGCGAGUGCGUUGAUGCACGUGAAGCUACAUCUGUUCGUUCAGACAUUCACACUGGUCUUCUUCCCUGUGGCCAUCUGGGCGCUUCUAAAAGUCCUGGCGCUCACUGCGAUUAAUGAAUGGCUUCUCAAAGGGUUGCUGACAGUAGGCUGUAUGCCUCCUCCUGUCUCCUCUGCUGUCAUCCUCACUAAAGCUGUAGGAGGAAAUGAGGCAGCCGCCAUUUUCAACUCUGCAUUUGGGAGCUUUCUGGGGAUUGUGGUUACUCCCCUGCUGCUGCUGGUGUUCCUCGGCUCCUCCUCCUCAGUGCCAUUUUCCUCCAUUUUCUCUCAGCUCUUCAUGACUGUGGUCAUCCCUCUCAUUAUUGGGCAGGUGUGCAGGAUGUUCCUGCGGGACUGGCUGGAGCGCAGGAAGCCUCCGUUUGGCGCUGUGAGCAGCCUGGUCCUGUUGAUGAUUAUCUACACCACAUUCUGUGACACCUUUUCCAACCCCAGCAUCGAACUGGACCAUCUCAGCCUGCUACUCAUCAUCUUUAUCAUUUUCUCCAUUCAGCUCACUUUCAUGUUACUGACGUUUCUUUUAUCUACCAGGAAGUCUUCCGGUUUCACAGCAUCAGAUUCUGUGGCAAUUAUGUUUUGUUCUACGCACAAAUCCCUUACACUGGGUAUCCCCAUGCUGAAGAUUGUUUUUGAGGGCUAUGAGCACCUGUCUCUGAUCUCCGUGCCUCUGCUCAUAUACCACCCAGCUCAGAUCCUUCUAGGCAGCGUGCUGGUACCCACCAUCAGAGCGUGGAUGACGACCGGCCAGAAGGUGCCGAAAGGGACUAACCUGCAGCCCAUCUGAGCCCCGCCGCCCGCCCCGAGGAGACAUGACCGGACUCUAGACAGACUGACCCCAGCAGGACGGCAGAGACUUGGCAGUUCCUCAUGCAGGCGCCGGGCGCUCUCCCGAUGAGGCCAAACCACAGAUCAAGUGCCUUCCUUCAGCCUGGUGGGGACUCCGGCUUGCCUGGGCUUGCCUCUCUCUAGGGAUGUUACUAAACAGAACAAUUAUUUCUAGACUGUUUGUUUUUUGUUUUGUUUUUUUAAACUGAAAUAAGAAUAUAUCUCUAUUUUUAUAUGAAGUGAUAAAUGAUUUCCACAAUAUGCCUCAAAGGUGAGCCCCUGUCAGAAGCUCCUGAUUGGCUACCAUUGCCAGGGGUUAAACCUUGCUCUCCUGAUUGGCUAUCAUUUCUUAGGGUUAGACCUUGCUCUCCUGAUUGGCUGUCGUUUCCUUGGGUUAGACCUCGCUCUGUUGUUCGGUAUGUAACUGUUCACUAGCACCAGUUGAUCCCUCUCUGAUCUGAGCAGGAUCGUUUUAGCUUCAGUACCAGUGUACCUUCCAUCAUUUAUUUCAUUCUUUUGCGCUGUGUUCGAGCCGAUGUUUCAGAUUCUCCUGGAGGACGGCUCAGUCACCGAUGUACUGCCAUUUUACACACAGACAAUGAAGCGCCAGGGACACUUUUGUAUCUCACUGUAUGAGUUUUCUUGUAUUUUGUAAUCAAAAUAAUAUAUGUAUAAAAUAUCAAAA